UAAAUGUAGGAUGAUAUAACUGUGGAUUUAGACGACAUAAGAAUUUGAUUUUUUUCAAAUUCUUGUACAUUCUUAUUUGGAUUUAUACUUAUCUCAUUCUGAAAAUUAUUAUUUGUUUGCAAAACGGGAUAAUAUACUGUUAAUACUAGUAGGACAUUUAGCUGCCACCUUUGUGCGGAAAUACAUUUAAAAUUUGAACAGUCUUUCAGGUGCAAGAUGCCAAACUACAAGCUGCAAUAUUUUAACGGUCGGGCUCGGGCAGAACUCACAAGAUAUGUUUUUCAUGCUGCUGGCAAGGACUUCGAGGAUACAAGAUACACGUUUGAAGAGUGGCCAUCUGUAAAACCAUCAACCCCAUUCGGUCAGAUGCCUGUUCUUCAAGUGGAUGGCAAAACACUUGCACAAAGUGGUGCUAUAGCAAGAUACUUAGCCAGAGAAUUUGGACUGGCUGGAAAGAAUAGUUGGGAGCAAGGUGUGAUCGAUCAGUUCGUGGAGCUUGCAGGGGAUAUGUUUAAAGACAUUGCUAAAUGUUACUUUCUUGAAAAGGAUGAAGAAAAGAAGAAAGAAUUAGCCAAAAACAUGUAUGAAGUAAUCUGUCCAAAAUUUUGUGGAUUCUUUCAAAAUGCUCUUGAACAAAAUGGAGGCAACUUUAUGGUCGGAAAUGAACUAUCAUUAGCAGAUCUUGUAGUCUUGGACAUUUUUGACACCCCGAUGCAAUACAAUAAAAGCAUUAUGGAUUCAUUUCCAAAGCUGAAAGCACACAGAGAACGCAUUUCGUCAUUGCCGAACCUAGCCAGCUAUAUUGAAAAUAGAAAGGAGACGUUCAUUUUAAUGCCUUCUUACAAGUUCGAGUACUUUGACGGUCGAGCUCGGGGUGAACUUACUAGAUAUGUAUUUCAUGCUUCUGGUAAAGAAUUCGAGGAUUCAAGAUACACGUUUGAACAAUGGCCAUCCGUGAAACCAUCGACCCUAUUUGGCCAGCUGCCAGUUCUUCAUGUGGAUGGCAAAAAACUGGGACAAAGUGGCGCUAUUGCUCGAUUCUUAGCACGGGAAUUUGGAUUGGCUGGAAAGAAUAGCUGGGAGCAAGGUUUGGUGGACCAAUACAUGGAACUUGCAGCGGAUAUGUUUAAAGAAGUUGUUAAAUGGUUCUUUGAAAAAGAUGAAGAAAAGAAGAAAGAAUGCCUGAAAAAUCUUAAGGAAGAUGUUUAUCCAAAAUACUGUGGAUUAUUCCAAAAUGCUCUUGAACAGAAUGGAGGCAAAUACUUUGUAGGAAAUGAACUUACACUAGCAGAUCUCGCAGUCUUGGACAUUUUUGACACCCCAAUGCAUCAUACCCCAAACACCAUGGACUCAUUUCCGAAGUUGAAAGCACACAGAGAACGCAUAGCAUCCAUGACAAACCUAGCCAGCUAUAUUAAGAAAAGAAAGGUUACAGACAUUUGAAUGUCAUAAUUUAUUCUUUUUUACAUUAGGAGAAAUGAGACAGGAACCUUUUUUUACAGAUAUUUUCAUAAUUCCACUUGAUGUGCAAGAUCUAGAUUAACAUUUAUCGCUCUAGGGCUAUCUUUUCAU